ACGUUUGGAAGAAAACAUGAAAGAUCCGAGGUUGUCAGAAAUGGCGGAUGAGCACAGAUACGCGUUGCUGACUGCCACAUUGCUGAGGCAACAGCAGAGGUUGUCUCAUGCCAACAGCGGCGGCGACCCGCGCUUCGGCGCCGUCGUGUCCCGGCGGUACUCGGCGUCCGUCGUGGCGUCCCCGCUCCACCGCAGCACGGACUUCCGCGACUCGGGCCUGUUGCCUGCCAACUCGGGUUUCCAGCUCAACAUGCCCCUCAGCUCGAAUGUGAAGAAGAUCCUCGUGUCCAACGAGGUGCUGGACGAGGUCCAGUCCAGUCUGACCAACCUCAACGGACACACCAUCAUGCGGAAGCGGAGGGAACAGGCCAGGGACUCGUCUUCGUCGUCGUCGACGACGACGAUCGUCGUCCUCGGCGGCGGCGGCGGCGGCGUUGAUCACGACUGCUGUGAAAAGGGUUUCGACGAUCGAGAGAAUGUGGAAACGAGUCCGAACCCAUCAGACGACGUCGAGGAACCCGAAGUGAAGCCAUCGCCGCCAAAAGAAGUCACGUUUGAAGUGGGGACGACGACCCAAACGUCGCCGAAUCCAGCUGCUGCUGCUGAUUUCCCUCCGCUGGCCCGAUUCUCGCCGGCGAAAAUGGCCGCCAUGCUCCACACGGUCGGCCGCCGCGUGGCGACUUCGGCGGCGUCCCUGUACUGGACUUCCUUGGACCUGCUGGACUCGUGCAGCCCGGCCAUGUUGAGGCGGCAUCGGAGACGCCAGAAUGAAGCCGACGGCGGCAGUGCAGGUGAUAAUCACGACAACGACGAGGGGCGAAGCAAACGGCGUUCGGCGUCCAUGCAUAACCUGCCAGCGACAUCUACGGAUAAAUCACGCGUGGAAAUAGUUCUGGUCACUCGGCCGGACUCGACAGACUCUGACGACCACGCGUCAUCCCUGGGCUCGGUGUCGAUCCCUCGGAAUUGCGGCUCCAGCGUCACUCGACAUCUGGCUGCGAGAGUGGAAUCAUCGCGUCAUCACGCGACGACGACGACGACGACGAAAACGACGACGAUGACGAUGCUUGUUCGUUUGCGUCGGUGUCGAGUGGAU